AUGAACAUUGAUGCCCUCACCGAGCAGCGCAGCCUAAUGGACUCUGCGCACGCCAGCCUCAAGCACAGCACCGACAUGCGCCAAGCCAAAACAAUCCUCGACAGGACAGCGCAGACCCGCGCACAUAGGCAGCAGGUGCUUGACAAGCAGCAGGAGACCCUCCAGCUGCUCUCUCGCCGGCUCCAAGGCGCGCGCGCCCGCGUGGACUCUGCGAAAUCCCAGCGCCAGGCGAAAUCCCACGCCGAGACCAUGCGCGAAAUGCACCUGGAAAAGCAGGCGCUCAGCUUGGCUGUUGAGGCCCAGGCAGCAUUGCGCCAGGAGCUGGGCGAGCGCGUAAGCGGCCUGGAGGCCAAGGAGGUUGAGGGUGCUGAGGAGGUCGGGGAGCCCGAGGACGUGCUUAGGCUGAUGGUGUAUCGCGGCUUGGGCGUGGAACCGAUGGUUGAGGGCGGAAACGUUGCUGCCGUGCGGUGCGUGGGCGAGCAGGUGGGCGCGGCUGUGGUCGGGGUUGAUGCUAGCGCUGAUGCUGGGGCUUUGGCUGCGCAGCUGUGGAGCAUGUGCUCGUAG